UCUGUUCCAAGAAGGGGGUCCUGCUGUUCUCGUUUCCAGAGUUAGUUCCGGUAACUUCUUGGGGGCUUUAAAAAGGUCUGGUAGGGAAAGCUGACCACUAGUAGUUACACGGACAACAACUCCAUACAUGCCCAUUAAAUAGGCUUAUAAAACUAACCCACAUCGGAUAUUUCCCAAUUUGCUGCAGAGUUGUUUGUCGGUUUAGAUACUUGUUUAGUGGUCCUUUACUUUGCAGGGUUUCCGUGGCUCCAUGUGGAUCAUCUGCGCUUUUAUUACGGCAUACAGCUGUCCUGUUACUCGCAGUUUUACGUCAGUCGCUGCGCUACAAACGGCACACCGGUAGUUUAUCGGAUUAAACAGUGUACCUUUCUUCAACAAAUUUUGUCAUGGCCAAGUGGGGAGAGGGAGACCCACGCUGGAUUGUGGAAGAAAGAGCAGAUGCGACGAAUGUCAAUAACUGGCACUGGACAGAGAGAGAUGUGACAAGCUGGUCUCAAGAUGUUAUUAAUAGCCUCCUCCUUGGAAUUCGAGUAGAAGGUGAAGAAGGCUUGUGCGAAAUCACAGACGUCAGCAAUAUAGACGGCGAGGCCUCCAUCAAUAACCGCAAGGGGAAACUCAUCUUCUUCUAUGAGUGGAAUGUAAAAGCCACAUGGACUGGAACAAAUAAAAAGGGAAUCAAAUAUAAAGGCACUGUUGAAAUACCAAAUCUCUCUGACGAAAAUGACAUGGAUGACUUAGAUAUCUGUGUUAUAGCUUGUAAAGACCAACCAAUCACACCUUUGACUGAUCUCAUGAGGAAGCUGGGAGUCAAAAAGAUCCGAAUGGCCCUGGGUAACUAUGUGAAACAACUUAAAACAGAAUUCUCUCAGGGUAUGAUUUUACCAACAGCAGAUGAACGAAGUAAACAAAAAGAGUCACAGGCAAAGGUGAAGCUGGAUAAAACCCAGACUGGGUCAUCCACCACAACUAACACUCCCACCAGUGGUGUCAAAAUUUCAACAGUAAUGUUCACUCUAAAAGACACUUUCCUUACCUCACCAGAAGAGUUGUACAGGGUUUUCAUAACCCAAGAGAUGGUACAAGCGUUUACUCACCUUGCUGCUUUUGUGGAUGGGUGCCCGGGUGGCACGUUUCGGCUGCUGGAAGGAAAUGUGCAUGGACAAUUUGCAGAACUGAUUACCGAUCAGAAAAUUGUCAUGAAAUGGAGAUUUUCAUCCUGGCCAGCUGGACAUACAGCAACUGUCACUUUAAACUUUGUGGAUCGAGGCAAUGAGACAGAGUUGACUCUGGAGGCCAAAGGAGUUCCUAGCAACGAGGAGGAAAGAAUGAAGGGGGGCUGGCAAAGAUACUAUUUUGAGGCCAUUAAACAGACAUUUGGUUAUGGAGCACGACUUUAAACCAAUGCUACAGCAUGAUCACGAUGUCUCAGAAACAUGGAAAUGCAAAAGAUUGCACACCAGUGCCGUCUUUAUGAAACUAAGAAAAUUGGUGCCUCUGGGUUUUUUUCUGGGUUUUUGCAUAUGUUAGGUUGUGUUUGAAUAUAAGAUGUAUGUCUGAAUGCUAUAUUAUUUAUAUGUCAUGGAAAUGCCAGACAUGGAGAAUGAAAAAAACAGCAUUUUGAAAAUAUAUUUGCUUGUUAUACAUUUUGCAAGAAUUUAAUAAGAAUAAAAUAUCAAUUCAUUUUAUAAAAACGAAAAA